AUGACAGAAGAUGAGUUGAAUUUGCCAGAAUGGAAAAAUCCUGUAUUUUUAGUCAGGAGAAAUGAUCUACAGAUUCAAAUAAACCUUGAAGCUACUAUAAAACAUGCUAAAUAUAAUAACCAACCGGUUUAUUAUAUUUGCACUAAAGAUACUUACAAGGAUAGAUCUCUCCAUGGUAAUAUAAGACAAAAAUUUCUCAGUGUAUCAGAUACAAAAUCAAAUACAUUAUGUGGUAUAUUACCAUUAUCAAUUGGAAUGAAACUAGCCUUAACCAUCAAUAUUUGCAUGCAUGAUGGUAUGGUAAAUAGAGCACAGGGCAUUCUUCGUAAAAUUGUAUAUGAUAGCACAUCUAUGAUUGUUGAGAAUACAGAUAUUGGUGAAGGAAAGAGUAUUAUUAUUGAUAGACCUCCUAAAUAUAUCGUACUUGAACUCCUAAACCAUACACCGGGUACAUAUGAUAGUCUUUCGCUGAAUCACAUUUCUAUAUAUCCAAUUAAACAAAAAUACAAAUAUGUACAUAAAAUAGAAAAUGGCACAAAUAUGACGAGAGAAUUUCAAAGAAUUCAAUUACCUGUAACUCCAGCUUUUGUGUUCACAGAAUUUAAGUGCCAAGGUGCUACAUUGGAAAAGGCAAUUAUUGACUUUAAUGAUAGUAAUAUAAAAUCAGAGCCUGAUCUUAAAAAAGAACUUGAACGUCUUGAAGAAUGUUUUAAAAGAACUGAACAAUUAAGUAAAUGGCCUACUAUCUAA